AGAGAGAGAGAGACGCUGCAGGGAUAGAACUGCUCUUCUCUUCAUUCUCAAGGGACGUGCUAUUUCGAGCAGAGAUGACACGUCCGUUUACCUUCAGCUCGAUUUAUUUUUGUGGCUUUUACGCCCAUUAAUAUUUCACUCGCAUGCAUGAGGAAGGGAGGGAUGGGAGAACAUCUCUCGGCCUGACAGGAUGGCACAUGGAGGGCAGGACAGAUGCUCGCUGUAACAAAAAGGCUGCCUUUUUCCUUUGGCCACCAUAAAAACUCUGCGUGUGUGUGUGUGUGUGUGUGUGUGUGUGUGUGUGUGUGUGUGUGUGUGUGUGUGAGAGUGAGCCAAAGACCCAAAGACCAACCAGACUGCAUCCUGAGCAGAAUGGACAGAUGAGGUCAGGAUAGUUCACAUUCGGAGGAAAAAAAGAGAACGAUUCACCAUCAGGGCCUGACAGAAAGACAAAUAGAACCCCCUACCUUCCCUCCCUUUCUUUUAUAUCAUGGCUUUCCAUCACUCCCUUUUCUCAACCCCCUCCUUCUUGGUGGGAAAAAAAAAAGUUCAAGAAAGUAAACAGGACAGCACGAGACCAUGGAGAACUGAGAACAGUGACUCGAAAAGGAUCAGCUCCAGGACGGACUGACUGACCUCCAGCAGAAGCCAGCAGAGAGAGGUAUCCAAUCAACCAAAAAGUCAGGAAUACCUGCUCCACGGGACAUCCCCCAGUCCAUUUCCCGAGACCGCACUCCACUAAGAGACCAGUUUAGGACCUCUUCGACCAAAAAGAUGAUCCCCAGCGCUAGCACCUCCAGCCUGUCUGCUCUAGCGAAGCAUUCCCGCAAUUCUGUCAAGUCUAAGGUUGAAGCCGAAAGUGCAGACAGGGCCCUCCUGGAGUGUCAGGUGAAAGAACUGCUUGCGGAGGCCAAGGCCAAAGAUUUUGAGAUUAGCAAGUUACGGAUGGAGCUGCAAAGGUGCAGAGGAAAAGGCUCUCCACAGGAGGCUGGCACACCAGAUGAGACGUCAGAGCGGGAACAGACCGAGGCACUCCCCACGGACACACAGACGCUAGUUGAGGAGAUUAAGGAGAAGAACAGCUGCUUUCUGAAAGAGUUGUCUGUCUUGCAGCAAGAGAAUCAGACCCUAAAGGAAAAGCUUAUCUUGUUGGAGAACUCUUCUGUCUCGUGUGGUAAUGCCAACACGAAUUCUACAUUGCUAGCCAGUCCAAGCAAACCCUCUGUCAAUGGGCUUGUACCUGAGAUUAGCAGCAACAAAAUGGCAGCAGGUGGACCAUUCAAGGGUAGUCCUGUUAAAACCUCGGUGUCAUCUGGUAGUGACGUUACCAAAGGGUCUCCGUCGCCAGACUAUUCAGAAUUUGAAAAGAUCCCAUCAUGCGCAGAUUCAGUCUGUAGCAGCACUAAGGGCGUUCCUCCCAGCCCCAAGGAACAAGAUAUAUCGAUUCAGUGUCUCACCCAGCGCAUUCAAAAAAUGGAGGAAAGCCAUCACAGCACAGCAGAGGAGCUUCAGGCCACUCUGCAAGAGCUCGCCGACCAGCAACAGGUUGUGCAGGAGCUCACGGCGGAGAAUGAGCGACUGUCCGAAGAGAAGAGCCUUUUGCAAACUUCCCUCCAGCAGCAGAGGGAGCGUGUGGAGCUACUGGCGCAGAAGAAUGAGACUUUGCUCCAGCGACUUCGAGAGCAAGUCCAAAGUCAGGAAGCCGAAGCCUCCCGCGCGUCCAGGGCUGCAGAGCUGGAACAGCGUCUGGCCGAGCAUUUGGAAAGCUCACGCUUCGAGAGGGAGAAACUGGUGGACAUUCAGCAGCAGCUCACAGGGAGCUUAAGAGUUUUGGAAAAAGAACAUCAGGAGGCCCAGGCUGCCGUGAGAGGUUUAAAAGACGAGAUGGAGAGCCUAAAAGAGCAGCUGGAAAGGGAGAUUGAAGCCGGGGCAGAGGCAACCAGGCUAGCGGCGGAGCAGCGUCAAGCUUCUGAGGCUCUAAGGGUGGAGAACGAGGGCUUGAAGGCCCAGGUCGAGACAGAGAGACAGAAGGUGUUAGAGCUGAAUGCCGUUCAGAGUGCUAGCAACAGCACAGAGCUGCAGGCCUUACUGAAAACCGCACGCACAGACAGAGACAAGCUGGAGCUCAGCUGUGCCGAGCUGAGACAGGAGCUGCUGCAGGCUCACAAGGACAUCGAGCACAUUCAAGGUUUGCUCAGUAAGGCUGAGGCAGACCAACAUAUGCAUCAAGAGAGAUUAGAGUCGCAGGAGCAAGAUCACAAAGCAAGCCUGCUUGCUCUGGAGGAGAAGACCCGAGAUGGGGAAACCCAGGUCAAAGACCUUAAAGAGACCAUUUUUGAGCUGGAGGACCAGGUGGAGCAGCAGCGGGCAGUUCAGUUACACACCAACCAGAUCAUCCUUGACUUAGAGAGUGAAAUCAAGCGGCUGGAGGAGCACAAGACUGAGCAGGACAAACAGUUAAAAGCCAUGAGCAAACAGAUGAAGGAUGAGACACAGGAAUGGCAGCGUUUUCAGGCCGACUUGCAGACGGCUGUGGUCGUAGCGAAUGACAUAAAGGUGGAGGCGCAGCAGGAGGUGCGGACACUGCGCAGACGACUGCAGGAGGAACAGGAGCGCAGUGCCAGGCUGGCUGCCGAACUUGAGCACAUACAGGGGGCCAGGUCACGAUCGGAGGAAGGAAAUCUCUCCGACUCAGACAGCAGUCCUCAGUGGUGUGCAAUUGCUAUGACCCAGAACGCACCUGGUAGCGAGAGCGAAAGCAGCACACCUUCGGAUCCAGGGGCCACUGUCAAAUCCCUCAUCAGGUCCUUUGACACAGCCGUCAAGAAUGGACCUACCAGUACAAUGCAGAUGUCUGGGUCUCCCAGAAGCCCCCUGAGUGGAAUUCCGGUCCGAACUGCAGCUGUGUCACCCAUACAGAGGCCUUCAUGUAUCAAGCCUCUGUCUAAAGCCCUGGAAAGAAGAAUCAACUUUGUGGAUUCCUCUCACUCAGUUGAUGAGUUGAAGCCUUCUUCUCUGAUGAGAAAGAGUCCGUCCCUCGAGUCAGUCGUCAAGACUCCAGCUGUGCUGAGCGGCAGAACAUCCUCAUUCACGUACAGCCGGGCCAACAGUAAGCUCAAUGUGGAAAGAACAGACCCUCUGGCCGCUCUGGCGCGGGAGUACGGGGGAUCUAAGAGGAACGCUCUACUGAAGUGGUGCCAGAAGAAAACGGAAGGCUAUCCGAAUGUAGAUGUGACUAACUUCAGUAGCAGUUGGAGUGAUGGUCUGGCCUUCUGUGCUCUACUACACACUUAUCUGCCUGCACACAUCCCUUAUCAAGAGCUCAUCAGCCAGGACAAGGGCCGCAAUCUGACCCUGGCCUUCCAAGCUGCUGAAAGUAUUGGGAUUAAACCCUCGCUGGACAUUGAUGAGCUGAUGCACACUGACAGACCAGACUGGCAGAGUGUCAUGCAGUAUGUUUCUCAGAUCUACAAGUAUUUUGAGACCUGACUCGUGAUGGAGGAAUGGCAAGCGGAAGGCACAGAAUGGAAGCAACAUUUUUUGCUCAUUUAGUUCCACACAUGUACAUCACCAUGUGGUAUUCAUGCAUUUACACACUCAUAUAUAUAUAUAUAUAUAUAUAUAUAUAUAUAUAUAUAUGAAACACAGAGCUGCUGCUCAGAUACCUUUGUUUUUUUUUUCUCACACAUUUCUAUAUUCUGGAACAGUGAUGUGGACCAGACCGUAUUUAUUACAGUUUGCUGAGUAAGGUACUUUUUUCCACAGUAGAAGCACGGUACAGAUAUUAGCGUUAUACUGUUUACAGAGAAUGGAUGAUUAUCCAUAGUAUUUUCAAGCAAAGUAUUUUUGGAGCCUUUAAUUCCCAGCCGGUUUGCUGGACGCAAACGCUAGCGGACUGUAAAAAGGGUCGUUAUUUUCUCAACCCUGUUUACCAAGUAUUAAUAUUAAGAAUUCACAUAUUUUUCUGAAAAGUCAGGUAGUGUGUAUAUAGUACGUAUAGACGAAACUGAAAUGUGACUUUAGGCAGGAUUACAUUCGACAGUAACAUGUCCGUCGUGUGGCGUUCGGUGCCGAACUAUCCUUCACACUAAAACACGCAUUACUGAAAAGCUUAGAAGCAAAUAAACAUGACUGUGUUUAAACCACGUG